AUGGCGGCGUCUGCGGCGGACGUCCGGAGCAUCCUCUCCAUACCCACACCCUCGGCAUCCACUAGCACACCACAACAGAAGAAGCCUCAGGCCGCGGAACGCGCGAAGAAACCCGAUGGCAUUCCGCGCGAGCUGUACGCGCUCAUUGGGCCCUCCGCGCCCGCCAUUGCUACCCAGUUUGCGAAGCCGCGCCUGAAGCAGAAGCCCAACCUCGGUGGCGGCGGCCGCGUGAAGUGGGAAUGGCGUCCGUUCAAGAACGCCGCACGCUCCGAUGGGUUACGACUGUCUCAUUGGGCCAAGGGAAGCACAGAGCCUGAUGCCGAAUAUCCAUUUGCGAAGUACAACGUCCACACCCCGGAGUAUGUUUACUCUCAAGACGAAUAUAGCCGGCUGCUUGAAGAUCAAGAAUGGACGAAGGAAGAGACAGACUAUCUGUUCAAGCUGGUCCGAGAGUUUGACGGACGCUUCUAUGUUGUGCACGACCGCUAUGAAUAUCCUCACUCCGAUCCCCGCACCCCAGAGCGUACUCUCGAGGAUAUCAAAGAUAGGUAUUUCAGCGUGUGCAGGAAGCUAGUUCGAAAUCGACCUUGGGCCGGAGAUGAAGCAAGCAAGAAUGCUCUUCUCUCGAGCCUAUCCUUCGACAAAUCACGAGAGCUCACGCGCAAGCAAUAUGUCAAAAGCCUCGAGAAACGUACCCCAGAACAGAUCGUGGAGGAAGACAUGCUGUAUCUCGAGCUCGAGAAGCUCAAAGAGAACGAGCGUAGGUUCAGGAAGGACCGGGACGAACUACUACGCACAUUGCUCGGCAUCGAGUCCGGGCUUCCUGACCUCCCCAUUGAUGAUGAGGGUCUCCAAGGCCCGUCGGUGGAGCCAAAGAAGAAAAAGAAAGGUGUGGCCAGCAGCGUCGAGCCCCAGACGCCAAUCACACCCACCGCUUCGAACGUCAUUUCGCUCGCGCAACCGCAACCUCCCAAGAAGACCGCGAAGUCGGCUGCCUAUGACAUCCUGCACUGUAUCACUCGGACAGAUGCCUCGCAGACGACGAAGGCACCGCACCAGCCUGUCCACCUCCGAAGCACCAAGAUACCAGCCGUAAGACCUCCAGGUGCUACCCAGCGCGUCGCGCAAGUGCUGAACGAGAUUGGGAUCGCACACAACCGUCUCGUCAUGCCCACCGCUGAGAACAUCGCUCGAAUGGAGCCUGUGCUCAGUAGUGCGAAUUCUGUGGUGGACAUGAAGAAGUCUCUGGACAAAGUCGAGCAGGACCUCCGGAUUGCGAAGGCGCGCCUUGCGGCCCUGCGCGGGGAGACUGCUGAAGAGGGCUCAGGGGACGCGCCUCAAACGCCCAUGGAGGUAGAAGAGGGCGCAGACGCGGAAAGUGUGGCGGACGACAGGGCGCAGAGUGUUGUGAGCACAAAGAGCACGCGGAGUCGAAGACAGACACGACGGUCAUUGUCUAUCUCGUCGGUGGACACUUCCAACGGGCCAAACAAGCGUCAGAAGCAGCGAUGAGCUUCCCGCCGUCUGUCGUUCGCUCUCGUGCAUCUUGAUUUCUGUACUAUAUAGUCGUGUUGCUUUGGUGUUGUGAUGUUGUUCCAUAUAAUUCAUCCCCGU